AAGUCUCAAAGUCUAUGCUUUUAAAACGUGUUUGUUUACUUUCAUCGAGCCUCACCGGCCUUACGUUUUUUAGUGAAAAAAGUGUUUUUUAUUUUAAAAGGGUUGUUUUAUAAUAAUCCUAAUGGCUGAUCAUCGUGUGCCAUAUAAAAAAUAUUUUCGAGAGUCCGAUGUUCCCGUACCACAUAGGACACUGAAAAGGCAUAAUGUAGCCUCGAAUGUUCAAUUGGGACCAGGGAUUAAUAACAGUAAUGACGAAACUGAUCAGCUGAAGUAUAGUGCAUCUAAUUCUAUACAAUUUGAAAUCAGAGAAGAAUCAGACAAUAAUCUGCCGAUUGAAGUUGAUGAUCGUUGUACAGCAGUACCAUUAAAAGAAUUGUCAGAAAAUGAACCACCUCCUACGUCAGAAUUAAUUAAAGUAAUCAUAUAUUUCAGUUUUGUACAUCGAUUACGUGAGGGGUCUAGUAUGAAAAACCGUUAAGUCAUUUUAAAUAUUAAAAAUAUCGAGUGAUUCUGAUUUAUAAUGUAGGACAACUGCUACGUGUGCUCUAUAAAUGAAAGGGAUUCGUCGCAAAUGCUGAAAUGCACGACUGUAUACAAGAAGUAUUAGAGCAUGAUGAAGGAAUAAAUGCUAAUGGGACAUUCAAUAACAAAUUUAGAACUCUUGAGGAUUUCAUGCAAAGUAAAGAAUUCUUUGAGCCUAUUGAUAUCCCAAUGGACAAAACUAGAGUGGAACUAUUUUUAAUGCUUCUAAAAUUCGGUUUGGUAAAUAGUUUAUCUGUCAGCGCUAUGACAAAUUUAUUUAAAAUGUUUAAUCGACAAUUCUCAGAACCAAUAUUACCUGAUACCCAUUAUAUUUUGGAUAAGCUAUUGAAUCCUCAAGGCAAUGCUGAAUUUCAUGCUGUCUGUACGAAUUGCUCAGCAUAUAUCGGAAAAUUUGAGGAUGUCAAAUCUGUGAAAAGUUGUUCUGUUUGCCAUGAAAAAUUAGAUUUGUCAAAUAUUUUUAAUGUAAGCUUUUUUAUCAGAAUAAAUACAGAACAUCAGAUAGCUCUGAUACUGAAUAUUUACGAGGAUCAUUAUUAUUAUGUUGUUAGCGACAGAAAUUGUGACGAUAAUAACAUUAGCGACAUUUACGAUGGUAAUGCAUAUCGUCAUUUCAAAGCAUCGUUGCCGAAAGAUGAAAAAAAAAGUUAUGCAACUGGAAUAGUAAAUUUUGAUGGAACAAGAAAAUUUGAAUGUACACAUUGUACUCUUUGGCCAUUAUUUUUGAUGAUCAAUGAACUCCCUGUUGAAGUUCGAACAAAAAAAUUGAUAACCUGCUGCUUAUGGAUUUUCAACAAAAAACCAGACAUGAACGCAUUUCUAAACCCGUUUGUCGAUGUUGUUAAUGGACUAAAUCAUGUGGGCAUUAAAUCUACUAUAAGAGGUGAAGAACGCUCUAUUAGGUUGCAUGUUCCUUUAUGCGUUGUAGAUUCACCAGCCCGAUGUGGUGCGCAAGGAAUUCAUCAAUUUAAUGGCAAAUGUGGAUGUAGUUGGUGCAAGCAUCCUGGUGUAUGGGCCGAAGGCAGCAUGAGAUAUCCCGUACUGGAAAGUACUCCGGAAGUUCGAAAUGCAGAAAGUAUGAGAUCUGAUAUGCUUACAGCAACACCGGAUGAUCCAAUUGAUGGCGUCAUCGGGCCAUCACCUCUAGCUACUCUAACGCAUUUCGAUGUUGUAUUUGGAUUUGUGCCUGAUUAUUUACACUGCGUUCUGCAAGGAGUCAUCAAUCAGUUCACUGAAUAUUACGCCAAAACAAUGAAUGCAAAUCAAAUUAAAGAAGUUGAUUCCAUCAUGAUGAGUAUUACUGCAUACAAUCAAAACGCUCGUUAUACCCGGCGAUUCAGUAGCAGAGGAAAUUGGAGUGCACGCGAGCGCGAAAACUUCGCGUUGUUUUAUAGCGUUCCAAUUUUUUCACGUAUACUGAGUAAAGAAAGGUUUUAUCAUUGGCUGCUUCUUGUUGAAAGUUUGUACAUACUUUUGCAAGAAAAUAUUACCAUUGCAGAACUCAACGAAGCAGACAAAAUGCUACAUGAAUUCGUCGGCAAAACUCAACAAUAUUUUGUAAUUAAAGCGAUGACGUACAAUGUCCAUCAGUUGUUGCAUCUCGGUCGCAGCGUUCUCGAUUGGUGGCCCUUAUGGGCUCAUUCAACAUUUUCGUUUGAGGCAGGAAAUCACUAUAUUUUAAGAGCCACGAAAUGUGCCAGGGGAGUUACGCAGCAAAUUUGUCGAUACGUUAACCUUCAACAUCACAUCUUAUUGAUACAGGAACGUGUUUAUCCACGUGUUUCUGCUACCAUCACGAUGUUUUGCGAUGAUAUUCUUUCAGACAGAGUUAAGAAUUUCCAAGAAAUGAAUGGUAGAACAUAUUUCAGUACAGGCUCUUAUAUGGGCCAUGGUAUUAUUGAAGAAUUUGAUUUACCAGAGACUGCCAUGUUCUACGCAAAAAUGGUGCAAAAUUCAUGUUUGUAUCAAACUGCGAUAAAGGAAAAGAAGCGAUCAAAUGAUUCUAUAACUCAACUAAACGACGGUACAUUCAUACGAAUUCUGUGUUUCGUUGUUGAUGAUCAAACAGAUGCUGAAAUAACCAUUUGUAACGUGCUUCAUACGCAUCCUACUUUUAGUGACAAAUAUAAUAAAUUCCAAAUUGUUGAUAAAAUAGAAGAAAUAAAUGUAAUCGUGCAAACAACAUUUAUAAAAAUAGUUUGCAUUUGUAUGAAUAUAUACGAUAACAUGUACAUUUGUCCAUUACCAAAUUUGCUAAAAUAUUAGUUUGUGAAUAAAAUUGUUAAUAAAAGA